UAGACUUCGAAAUAUCUCAAGCUGUUCUCCUGUGUCCAACACGUCCCUUUGCAGAUCUCCUUGAUAUUUUUCCCUCCAAUUGUUAGUAUUAUCACCAUUAUUUUAUUUUUAGCUAUUACAAGACUUUUUUUAUUUCCAGAUGUUAGUCCACACCUAUUCCGCCAUGGACCGGCAUGAUGGAGUGCCCAGCCACAGUUCCAGGCUGUCCCAGCUGGGAUCCGUCUCGCAGGGACCCUACUCCAGCGCUCCUCCGCUCUCUCACACCCCAUCCUCGGAUUUCCAGCCGCCUUAUUUCCCACCCCCCUACCAGCCUCUUCCUUACCACCAAAGCCAGGACCCUUACUCCCAUGUCAAUGACCCCUACUCCCUGAACCCCUUGCACCAGCCCCAGCAGCACCCCUGGGGACAGAGGCAGAGGCAAGAGGUGGGAUCAGAAACCGGGUCACUGCUGCCGCAGCCUCGGGCCGCCCUGCCCCAGCUCUCGGGACUGGACCCCAGGCGGGACUACCACUCAGUACGGAGGCCAGAUGUCCUCCUGCACUCAGCUCACCAUGGCCUUGACUCCGGCAUGGGGGACAGCCUUUCUCUGCAUGGCAUCGGACACCCAGGGAUGGAGGAGGUCCAGUCAGUUGAAGAUGCCAAUAACAGCGGUAUGAACUUAUUGGACCAGUCUGUCAUUAAAAAAGUUCCGGUUCCUCCAAAAUCUGUUACUUCUUUGAUGAUGAAUAAAGAUGGCUUCCUGGGUGGAAUUUCAGUCAAUACCGGAGAGGUGUUUUGCUCUGUACCUGGCCGCUUGUCUUUGCUUAGCUCAACUUCAAAGUAUAAAGUAACUGUGGGAGAAGUUCAGAGGCGUCUUUCCCCUCCAGAGUGUCUGAACGCUUCCCUCCUAGGAGGAGUACUUAGAAGAGCCAAAUCGAAAAACGGGGGGAGAUCUUUGCGAGAAAGGCUAGAAAAAAUCGGUUUGAAUUUGCCAGCCGGCAGACGUAAGGCCGCAAAUGUCACUUUACUCACCUCCCUGGUGGAAGGUGAGGCCGUUCAUUUAGCUCGGGAUUUUGGGUACAUCUGUGAAACGGAGUUCCCAGCCAAAGCUGUUUCUGAGUACCUGAACAGACAGCACACGGACCCCAGCGACCUCCACUCCAGGAAAAACAUGCUGCUUGCUACAAAGCAACUUUGUAAAGAAUUUACAGAUCUCUUGGCCCAGGACAGAACGCCCAUUGGGAACAGCCGGCCCACCCCAAUUUUGGAACCGGGCAUUCAGAGCUGCUUGACUCACUUCAGCCUCAUCACCCACGGCUUUGGGGCCCCCGCUAUCUGCGCUGCCCUCACGGCCCUCCAAAACUACCUGACUGAAGCUCUCAAAGGCAUGGACAAGAUGUUCUUGAACAACAACACUGCUAACAGGCACACAUCUGGCGAAGGACCAGGUAGUAAAACUGGAGACAAGGAAGAGAAACACAGAAAAUGAGAGAGAGAGAGAGAGAGAGAGAGAGAGAAAGAGAGAGAGAGAGAGGAAAAAAUUAGAAUGAAAGAAAGGAAAAGAAAAAAAGUUAAAUAAAUAAAAGGAGAAGAGAGAGAUAACCUUUUAAAACAAAACCAUCAUAAUUUUAGCUUUAAAAAUACUGGAUUGGGCUUUGGAAGAAUUCUAUUAGGUAGGACAAAAUAAUAAUAAGCAUAAAAUAAAAAUAAUAAUAAUAAAAGAAAGACAAUAAUUUAAGAUCAGAGGAGCACAAUGGCGCAAGACCAGUGGUUCAGAGUCUCUUGCCAGGAACAUGUGAAGACAACCACCAGGAUAUUUUUCCCCACUUCUGUUCUUUCACAUUUUUAAAAUAAUGAUUGGGGGGGAGGGGAAUAUAAUAAUAAUUAAUAAUAAUAAUAAAAGAAAGACAUGAAUAACUUAUUGGAAGAAAUCUGGAGAAACAUUUUUGGUGUCAGUGCUUUGAUUUCUUGAGCUGCAUGGUCUGUCUUGCUAUUAUUUUUUUAAAAUUUUAUUCUUUUUGCUUUAAAAAACGUCCUGUCUCCACCUAGACUAAAACAAUCUUCCAGAGUGUUCCUUUCUGAGCAACCCCAUGGCCUCACUCCCCCCAGCUCUUCCCACCUCAUCUCAGCACCCUGGUUCUGUCUAGACUAGGAAAGGAGGGGAGCUCCCAGACCCCUCACCAAGCCAUC